AUGGGGUUUGUCACUUUACUCAGGUACCAGUUCGAUCGAGGCAACAUUCCGACAUCUGCGCACGUUCCGCUGGGCGACAGCGCGUCCUUCUCUUCCUACGGAGUCUACCAUCAAUUCGGCUGCUUUACCGUCUCCGGCGGGCUCUUCAAGUCCCAACUCGCCGAUGGCAUCAUCGGCCUCGCUCCCCGCGAGAUGUCGUUCAUCGGCAGUUUCCAAAAACACAUCCACGCGCUGCGCGCGGCGAACCCGCAGAGCGCCAUCCGCGAAAUGUUCGGGUUUUGCUUCAUCGAGGGCGGGGGUUUCAUGACGCUGGGCGGCAUGGACGCCGCCGCGCCGCUUCGCCCGCUCUGCUGGACGCAUUUCUCCUCCAUGGAGCGGUACUUCCGCGUGUUCACCGCGGGGAUUUUCAUCGGCUCCCAGAGGGCGUUUCGCGAUCUCGGAAAGUGGAAUUCGAUGGGCGGCAUCAUGAUCGACAGCGGUUCCACGUUUUCCUAUCUGAUUUCCAGCGAGUAUCGGGUUUUUGUGCAGGCGUUUCACUCCGCGCUGGGCGAAGCGCUCCGCCGCGCAAACCGCACUUUCCCCGCGGUGAAGCGUCUACGCGAACACGACUGCUUCCGACUGGGUUCCGCGGGGGAUCUGUCGCUGUUCCCCGCGGUAAAAAUCGCGCUGGGCGCGGACUGCGCGCUGGAAGUGGCCGGGAGGUUCUACAUGUUCCAGGCGGAGGGCUCGGUGUAUUGCCUGGGCGUGUACUCGGAUCCGUCGACGGUGAUCGGAAAUAACUUCCUGCAGGGACAGAGCGUCGUGUUCGACCUCGAGAAGAGACGAUGGGGAGUCGGCGUGGCGAAUAUAUCCGAUUUGGAGGGAAUUGGGGUCCUUUACGCACUGUAG